GUCGUAUUUGACAUGAGCUACCGAGAAAAAAGCGGCGGACGUGGCGGUUCCAGCGCCGGCCGAGGAAGCGGCGGACGUGAUGGUGGUGGUCGCGGCUUUGGUGGACGAGACGGAGGGGGUCGUGGUGGCGGACGUGAUGGUGGAGGCGGCCGUGGCAGUGGACGCGGAUUUUCCGAUGGAGGCGGCCGUGGCGGUGGACGUGGCGGUGGACGAGAUGGCGGACGUGGUGGUGGUCGUGGGUUUUCAGAUGGAGGCGGUCGUGGUGGUGGACGUGGAAGCACUCCUACCGUUCAAAUGCCUAGUGGUCCCCCUCCUGCGCCGGUCAAGUCAAAGCUCCUUCAACCUGUGGCGAACCCGACCUUUCCGUCACGUCGAGGAUUUGGUCGGGCGGGUAAACCAGUGACAUUGUGGGCGAACCAUUUUGCCGUCAAGAUCAAUCCAGCCCAAGGGGACGUAUUUCACUACGACGCGUCGAUUGCCGCCGAGGGAAAGACUCCGACGCAGGAGACCCCGCCGAAAGACCUGUGCACCGCCGUGCUGCAAGCUUUGAUCAACUUGUUCAAGACUGAGUACCCGACUAUUGCCGUCGUCGCGGAUGGCCGUCGUAACUUGUACGCGGCCAAGCUGCUUCCUUUUGACGCUAUGAUUUUCAAAGUGCCACGGAUGAAAGAAGGCCGCACGGAGAUUUUUGACGUGCACGUGGUGGCUGCCAACCCCGUGGCGGUGCGCACGGAGCAACUGCACGAACUGUUUGCCGGUCGACUCAACUACACUCCAUACGACGCUAUCCAAGCGCUGGACAUUGCGAUGCGGUACUCUGCGUCGACGCGGUUCACGACUGUGGGGCGCAACUUUUUCACCAACUCGGGUGCAGUGACGUUGGGCGAAGGCGCCGAGCUGUGGUUUGGGUACCACCAGAGUCUGCGGCCCACGCAGACGCAGCUGACGUUGAACAUCGACAUGGCUGCGACCGCGUUCGUCGAGUCGAUGGCGGCGUUGGAUUAUCUCGUCGAGACGUGUCGCCUCCAGGACGUUCCCACCAUGUUGACAAAGCCCCAAGCGUCGAACGCGGCGAAGGCGUUCCGCGGCAUCAAAGUGACGGUGACGCAUCGGGGUACGGUCGAACGAUCGUACCGCGUGAACGGGCUCAAGAAGACGGCGAAGGAAACGACGAUCGAACUGGACGGCGGGCGGCGCGUGACGGUGGCCGACUACUUUGCGACCAACUACCGCCCCCUUCGGUACCCGAACCUACCGCUUCUGCACGUGGGGUCGCCCAAGGGCUCGAUCUUCAUGCCCAUGGAGGUAUGCCACGUCUUGGGCGGCUACAAGUGUCCUCGCAAAGCCACCGACAACCAGGUGGCCAACAUGAUUACGUACACGGCGACGCCGCCUGAGGAGCGCCGCCAGAAGAUCGUGGCGCGCGUGCAGGAAGCGCAUUUCACCGUGGACAACACACUGGCGGCGUUUGGCGCGUCGGUGGACCCGACCAUGCUGACGGUCGAAGCGCGCGAGCUGGCGGCGCCGUCGAUGCUGUACGCGCACAACAAGACGGAGCAGCCCCGCGAUGGCGCGUGGAACAUGCGCAACCUGGCGCUGUUCCAGGGCAUGGCGUUCAAGUCGUAUGCGCUCAUGAGUCUGUGCGACAGCCGGCGCACAACGGACGCGGACGUGUUUGACUUCUUCAACGCGCUGGUGACGCACAUGAAGGGUCUGGGCAUGACGCCGCCGGGCGCCAAGCCGCCUUUGGUGACCCGCGGCGGCCGCGGCGACCCCAUCGAGCGCAUGUUCCAGGAGGCGGUGGACAAGGCGACGCGGGUGUUUGGGCAGCGGCCGCAGAUUGUGUUUUGCGUGGCGCCAGUGCAAGACGCGCUCAAUUACGGCGACCUCAAGCGCGCGUCGGACACUGUGUUUGGCAUCCCGUCGCAGAUGAUGCUGGCCAAGCACUUGGCCAAGCAGAACCCCAUGUACAUGAGCAACUUGCUGCUCAAAGUCAACACCAAGCUGGGCGGCCGCAACGCCGUGUGCAAGGACCCGCUGCCCAAGAUCUCUUCGGACGCGACCAUCAUCUUUGGCGCGGACGUGACGCACCCCGGGCCCAUGGACAAAUCGCGGCCGUCGGUGGCGGCGGUGGUGGCGUCGACGGACAAGUGGGGCGUCCGGCAUGCCGCCACGAUGCGCCGCCAGGGCCAUCGCGUGGAGCAGAUUGAGGACUUGGAAUCGAUGGCCGUGGACAUGCUCAAGGCGUUUUACCGCGAGACCAAGCGCAAGCCGGCGCAGCUGUUGUUUUUCCGCGACGGCGUGUCGGAAGGCCAGUUCCAGAUGGUGCUCAACUUUGAAGUGUCGGCGCUCCACGCCGCGUGCGCCAAGCUCGAAGCUGGCUACCGUCCCAAGAUUACGUUUGUAGUGGUAGGCAAGCGCCAUCACACGCGGCUGUUUGCCACGAGCGCCGCGCACGCCGACCGCAGCGGCAACGUCAGGGCGGGUACGGUCGUCGACACUGGCAUUUGCCACCCCACGGAAACCGACUUUUACCUGAUGAGCCACGCGGGUCUCCAGGGCACGAGCCGCCCCGCGCACUACCACGUGCUAUUGGACGAGAUUGGGUUCACGGCGGACGAGCUGCAGAAUUUGGCGUUUCGUCUCACGCACACGUAUGCGCGGUGCACGCGGUCCGUGUCGAUCGUGCCGUCAGUGUAUUACGCGCACUUGCUGGCAUUCCGCGCGCGGUUCUUUCUGGUGGACGGCAGCGAAGGAGGCUCGAGUGUCGAUAGCGCCACGACGUUUACGGGGCAGCUGCUGGAAGCACACCCAGACCUCAAACAUGUCAUGUAUUAUGUCUAAGGGGAAUGGAUCCAUACGUACGGGGUUAAGGUUGAUAUUAAUACUAGUAGUAUACUAGUAAUGAAUAAAAAAAUGGAUGAGUUGAACGAGUGUA